CUUCCUCCGUCGGCCGCCGGGCUAUGGCGCUGUGCGAGGGCUUGGGCAGCGGGAGCCCUCUGCGCUGGCCUCGGGUGUUGCUCUUCGGAGACUCCAUCACCCAGUUUUCUUUCCAGCAGGGUGGAUGGGGUGCGUCCCUGGCUGACAAGCUGGUCAGAAAAUGCGAUGUUCUGAACCGUGGAUUUUCAGGCUAUAAUACUAGGUGGGCCAAAAUUAUCCUUCCGAGGUUAGUCAGGAAAGGGAGUGCUUUGGACAGCCCGGUGGCAGUGACGAUUUUCUUCGGUGCCAAUGACAGUGCACUCAGAGAUGAGAACCCCAAACAGCACAUCCCCCUGGACGAGUACGAGGCGAACCUGAAGAGCAUGGUGCAGUACCUGCAGUCCGCGGGCGUCCCCGAGGGCAGGGUGGUGCUCAUCACGCCGCCGCCGCUCUGCGAGGCCGCCUGGGAGAAGGAGUGCCUGGUGCAAGGCUGCAAGUUGAAUCGCCGGAACGUGGUUGUUGGUGAAUAUGCCAGGGCCUGUGGACACGUGGCCCAGGCCUGCGGGACCGACGUGCUCGACCUGUGGGCCCUGAUGCAGCAGGACGGCCAGGACUUCUCAUCGUACUUGUCAGAUGGACUGCAUUUAUCACCAAAGGGAAAUGAGUUUGUGUUCUCACACCUCUGGCCUUUGAUAGAGAAGAAAGUCUCUUCCCUACCGCUGCUGCUCCCGUACUGGCGAGACGUAGCAGAAGCAAAGCCAGAGCUCAGUCUCCUGGGAGAUGGGGACCAUUAGGCACAGAAAACGAAGGCUGUUAGUUUACAGAACAAGACGUCAUCAGUGCACCAAAAUCCCAAGAUAACUGAUCAAAGAAUAUCUUUUCUCAAGUUUAAACCUUUGCUUAUGACCUUGGAACAAAACACAUCGACAUCUGCUACCAAGAUUAAUAAAAGUAUUGUAAUUUUUCA